GGAUCGGCAGCCCCCGGGGAAAAAGCCGAACAAGCUACCAGUAAGCAUGCUCUGCAUUUCCGAACUUCUGAACUCUUCAGUCCGGUGAUGCAGCUAUACCACUACUAGCACUCGGGAUUUCCUCCAGUUUGCAACGACUAUAUAGAUCCAAUGGCUCGGCUGUCAGGUCUCCAAAGACAGGUGCUGUCUCUGUAUCGGACAUGCUUGAGAGAAGCCAGGAAGAAACCCAUUGAGACGAGAGAGAAUUUCAGAGCAUAUGCUAGGGCGGAAUUUCGGAAGAACUCCUCUGUUAGCAAGAAGGAUUUCGGUGCGAUAGAGUAUCUACUACGGAAGGGGCAGAGGCAGCUUGAGAUGUACUCAUCCCCCGGGAUUCGCAAUAUUCGGUGAUUUCAAUAUCCUGUCGCUUGCGGGGCCGCCCCAGAAAUUCAAAAAACGAACCCUCCUCCUUUGGAUGGAUGAACUCGUAUGUCACGUGAUUGCGGAAGAUUCGCGCGGGUUCUCGAACCGUAAGCCGCUUAUCUUAUCGGGUCGGUGACGGAAGGCUCCAGAUGCAUCUGGUGUCAUCUCGCUCCAUCGCUGUCGCCU